CAACAUCUGAUACAAAAUGGAUCAUAAAAAUCAGUGAAUCUCACAUCUUCUCUUGGUCAUUCGACUAUAAAGUUAUUUUCAAAAUGUCGUUGAGACUUCCGCCAGUAAUUAUGGAUAAUGGAACUGGGUACACGAAGCUGGGCUUCGCUGGAAAUAAUGCACCGUCUUUUGUCUUUCCCACAGUGAUUGCUACGCGUGACUCAGUUUCAACCAGCACGUCUGGAACAGCCCUUCAGUCUAAACCUUCUAUUUCUGGAAACAUCGCUUCAAAGCGUGGUAUCGAAGAUUUAGACUUCUUUAUUGGAAAUGAUGCCAUAUUAAAUUCUAAAACAUAUGGAUUACACUAUCCAAUUCGACACGGACAAAUCGAUAAUUGGGAUCAAAUGGAACGUUUCUGGGAACAAAGUAUUUUCAAGUAUCUAAGGUGCGAACCUGAGGAUCAUUAUUUUCUUUUGACGGAACCUCCGCUCAAUGCGCCAGAGAACCGAGAACAAACAGCUGAAAUUAUGUUUGAAUCUUUUAACAUCCAAGGACUUUACAUAGCUGUUCAAGCUGUUUUAGCAUUGGCCGCUAGUUGGGAGUCCAAUAAAACAUCUGAUUUUGUAUUAACCGGUACUGUCAUUGACAGCGGAGACGGUGUUACUCAUGUCAUUCCUGUGGCCGAGGGUUACGUAGUGGGAUCGUCAAUUAAGCACAUCCCAAUUGCUGGCCGUGAUAUUACAUAUUUUGUUCAACAACUUCUUCGUGAUCGUAAUGAAACUUCAAUUCCUCCCGAAGACUCUUUGAAAGUGGCAGAACGUAUUAAAGAACAAUUUUCAUAUGUUUGUCAAGAUAUUGUUAAGGAGUUUAAAAAAUAUGAUCAGGAAGGCGAUAAAUACUUUCAAAA